AUGCAAGUGGCCGAUAUUGCAUGGAUGGCGAUACAAGAAGAUAGCCCCAUACGUGGUGGUAUCGUCGCCAACGAAUGUGGUCUAGGAAAGACUCUCGAGAUCUAUGGUCUUAUUCAUGAGCAGAGCUUGACUGCCAUCAAGCAGCACCGCGAGUCGGGACCACAAGUGGGGGUCAAAAAGAAAAAAUACAAGCCAACAUUGGUACUGGUCCCAAGUGCUGUUAUAGGUGUUCAUCUGAAGGAUUCCGAUCUGUUCCAGUCUGAACUGCAAGUAUACUUGUAUUACGGUUCAGAGAGGAAGAACGGCCUCCAGGCAUUCCUACAAGAUCUGGACUUCAAUGAUCCAGAGACAACACGGAUCGUAAUCUUAUCCACAUACACCACUUUUACGAGCCGUACCGAAAGUGUACGGGAGCUUGACCCAGAAGGUGCUGUUGUUCGGGAAUUAUCUGAAGCAGAGGUGAACCUAUGGUUCAAAAACCUAAAGAAAAAGGAAGAGGAUGAAGACGUUGAAGAAGCCGAAACUGACGACCAAAACUUCAUCGACGAUGCAGACGUGGCAGAAAAUCCGGAUGUGGUUGAAGGAUCUACCACCGUCCCGGAGAAUUUGGAUUAUUAA